CCAGCUGCGCAGCCGCAGCCGCAGUCAGCAGCCAUGCCUCAGCAGCUCUCAACCGCCGCGGUGCUGCAGCUCCUCCUGCUGCUCUCCGCCGUGCCCGCGCAGUACUUCAUCUCUCGCUGGAGCGGCACCACGCCGGCGCAGCGCUACCACGCGAGCACACGGAUGCUUAGAAUAUGGAAAGAUUGGAGAUCAUCUUACCUCAGUGGCACUGCAUGGAUGGAAUGGGCAGACCAGCAGAUGUCCAAAUUCCAGUCUUGGCUCGGCUUGGAACAGGACGUGUUUCAAGAGUCGCUUGCCUUAGAGACCAUGCUUUUUGACAAUGACCAGGAAUUCUUUGGAGCCUCCAAGAAAGUGCGUAGCCCUCGUCCUCCAUAUGUGUUCCUGAAGGUUGGAGAGGUGGUGAUGGAGCGGAAGGGCAAUAUGGUCGGGGUGGUGGUGAGCUGGGACUCUGAGCUGCGAGCCCCUCCACAGUGGGUCGACAGAGUCUACUCCGACUCUCAGGGCCUCAAAGCAGAGAAGACGCCUCAUUAUAAAGUCCUGUUCGGCGGGCCUGGACCCUCCUCUCUAAUGGUUGGAUACUUGCCCCAGACACAACUGGAGCGCAUCACUGGGAUGAGGCCGGACAUUCCCACCUUGGAGAAUUACUUCACACAUUUUGAUGGGGAGCGGUUUGUCAUGCAGCCCUGGCUCAGAGAGCUCUACCCUGAAGAUGGGGAUGGGAAUGAGGAAGAGCAUGAAGACACCUGACUGCCUGUGCUACAGGUGACACAAGAUAUGCAAUGUUAAAAACACCAGAGGAAGCGUGGCUUCUAUGGAUGUUUUUCUGACUUCCCAAAGGUUUUUGAGAGACCCAUAUAUCAGGUCUCAAGUUCUUUAUCUGUCUAAGAAGCCAACUGGAAUCUGUCAGUCGUUGUUGAAAUGAUUGGAAACCGGAAGAUUUGAGCAGAUCGAGGAUCACUUUCAAAUCCCUCCAUGCUGGAUCUCAAUGUGAGGGUGCCUUUUGACUAACUCUGGGACUUACUCAUGAAAUGAUAUUUACCUUUAUGUCUUUGAGAUGUUGAAAUAUAAAGUGUUUUAAAUUGAAGUGCCAAAAAACAGAUGAAAAACAUUUAAUUUAAUGUUUGCCUGAAGUUAAAUGAUGACCGUAAAUGCUUGAAAUGACAACAUCGCUUUAAAAUCUAUGAAGUUCUUUUCUGUUUACAACACUGUGUUGGCCGAGGUAGAAAAAAAAAACUUUGAAAAAUUGCACUUUUAUUUAGCCAUCACAACUAAGCAAUAAAAUAAUAUGAACUGUGA